GGUCUCUUUGAAUGGUGAAGGGUGGUUUUUAGACUUUGUAAAACAGGCCUACAACUGAAGUUGAAUCUAUUUAUAGUUGAAGGACAAACCGUUUUGACUAGUAGAGUGUCUUUAUUAUCCCAGAUGGGUAAUGUUCUUUAUAGCUGUUAGUCAAUAAAACUUGGUGGUAAGUAUGUUUGCAAAAGUCAGAGCUCUUCACAGAGGAAGUAACCAUGAUGUCGUUUUCUCCAUCUCUGCAAGGAAAGCGGUGGCAGAACUCGAGCUCCCCACCCACCGGCGGAUGACGGCGGCGCGGGAGAAGGGUCGUCGACCGGCGAUGCGCGGGCCGGCCUUCAUGUUCAACGACCGCACCACCAGCAUGACCGCCGAGGAAGAGCGCUUUCUGGACGCCGCAGAGUACGGCAACAUCCCUGUGGUCCGCAAGAUGCUUGAGGACUCCACCACGCUCAAUGUCAACUGCGUGGACUACAUGGGCCAGAACGCAUUGCAGCUGGCGGUGGGCAACGAGCACCUGGAGGUGACGGAACUGCUCCUGCGGAGGGAUAACCUGGCGCGCAUCGGUGACGCCCUACUCCUGGCUAUCUCGAAAGGCUACGUCAGGAUCGUGGAAGCCAUCUUGGCCCAUCCGUCCUUCCAGGCCAGCGAGCGGCUGACACGGAGUCCGUGCGAGCUGCAGGACGAUGACUUCUACUCGUACGAUGAAGACGGCACGCGCUUCUCGCCCGACAUCACCCCCAUCAUUCUGUCUGCGCACUGCCAGAAGUACGAGGUGGUGCACAUGCUGCUGCUGAAGGGCGCGCGCAUCGAGCGGCCGCACGACUACUUCUGCAAGUGCGCAGAAUGUGCCGAGAAACAGGGCAAAGACUCUUUCAGCCACUCGCGCUCGCGCAUCAAUGCCUACCGGGGCCUGGCUAGCCCGGCUUACCUGUCGCUGUCUAGCGAGGACCCGGUGCUCACCGCACUGGAGCUCAGCAACGAACUGACCAAGUUGGCCAACAUCGAGAAGGAGUUCAAGGAUAAAAAGAGCCAUAAAAAAGAAACCACGCAGCACAAUUGCUUCUCCCUGAAUGACUAUCGCAAGCUGUCUAUGCAGUGUAAGGACUUUGUAGUGGGAGUGCUGGACCUCUGUCGGGACACAGAGGAAGUGGAAGCCAUUUUGAAUGGAGAUGUUACUGCCGAGAAGGAGGCGGGACAGGGCCUUCGCUCUCUCCUGAGCAGGGUCAAACUGGCCAUCAAGUACGAGGUGAAAAAGUUCGUGGCCCACCCCAACUGCCAGCAACAGCUGCUGACGAUCUGGUAUGAGAACCUGUCUGGCCUGAGGGAGCAGACUAUCGCUGUGAAGUGCCUGGUGGUGGUGGCUGUGGCCCUGGGUCUGCCCAUGCUGGCUGUGGGUUACUGGUUCGCCCCUUGCAGUCGGCUGGGCAAUGUCCUGCGCAGCCCCUUCAUGAAGUUUGUGACCCAUGCCUCCUCCUUCAUUAUCUUCCUGUGCCUGCUGUUGUUCAACGCAUCGGACCGCUUCGAGGGCAUCAGCACCAUGCCAAACGUGACCGUCACUGACCACCCCAUGCAGAUCUACCGGGUCAAGACCACUGAAUUCAGCUGGACUGAGAUCCUCAUCAUGGUCUGGGUCACAGGGAUGAUGUGGUCUGAGUGUAAGGAGCUGUGGACCGAGGGGCCAAGGGAAUACAUCCAGCAGCUGUGGAACGUUCUGGACUUCGGCAUGCUCUCAAUCUUCAUCGCCGCUUUCACCGCCCGGUUCUUCGCCUUCCUCCAAGCCACCAGAGCCCAGCAGUACGUCAACGAAAAGGUCCACGCUACUGAUCUCUCCCUAGUGACCCUACCCCCGGAGGUCAAAUACUUCACCUACGCGAGGGACAAAUGGCUGCCAUCAGACCCCCAGCUGAUCUCAGAAGGACUAUACGCCAUCGCCGUGGUGCUGAGCUUCACACGCAUCGCUUACAUCCUGCCGGCUAACGAGAGCUUCGGACCGCUCCAGAUCUCCCUGGGCCGCACUGUCAAAGACAUCUUCAAGUUCAUGGUCCUGUUCAUCAUGGUCUUCCUGGCGUUCAUGAUCGGCAUGUUUAUCCUCUAUUCCUACUACUUGGGUGCGAAGGUCAACCCGGCAUUCACCACGGUGGAGGAGAGCUUCAAGACUCUGUUCUGGUCUAUAUUUGGGCUGUCUGAGGUGUCUUCCGUGGUGCUCAAGUACAACCACAAGUUCAUCGAGAACAUCGGCUAUGUGCUCUACGGAAUCUACAACGUGACCAUGGUGGUGGUGUUGCUCAACAUGCUGAUCGCCAUGAUCAACAGCUCCUAUCAAGAGAUCGAGGAUGACGCGGACGUGGAGUGGAAGUUUGCACGCUCCAAACUGUGGCUGUCCUACUUUGACAACGGCAAGACGCUGCCUCCUCCCUUCAGCAUCGUUCCCACUCCCAAGUCCUUCUACCACCUCAUUAGGUGGAUAGUUGGCAUGCUGCAUUGCCGACGACGGAGCCUGAAGAAGGACGUCGAGCUGGGGAUGGACAGUUCGAAGUCCAGGCUCAAUCUCUUCACCCAGUCCAACCCGCGCAUUGCAGAGUCACACAGUUUUAACAGCAUCCUGAAUCAACCCACUCGCUAUCAGCAAAUCAUGAAAAGACUCAUCAAACGCUACGUGUUGAAAGCACAAGUGGACAAAGAAAACGACGAGGUCAAUGAAGGUGAGCUGAAAGAAAUCAAGCAGGACAUCUCCAGUCUACGGUACGAACUCCUGGAAGACAAGUCUCGGGCUACAGAGGAGCUGUCCUUUCUUAUCCAGAAACUGAGUGAGAAACUGAAGCUAGGCCCUACAACACGCUUCUACGAGUGACCCCACCGCCACCCCACAGGACAAGCAAAGCAGCCAACAUCCCAGCAUUUCUCCACAUACUCCACAGCACCCCCUGGCCAGGUUGUUUGGUAAAAGAGAAUGUCUUCUCUCUGCAGUUUGCAUGAAGUUAGUUUAAACAGACAAGAUCAGCACAAGUAAAGGCAACAGCAUAAAGGAUUGUUGCCUCACUAUUUUGGUGUAGGGAGAAGUUGCCCUUAGACUCUGAUCUUGGGUCAGUUAAGCGUUUCCCCACUAAUGGUUAUGAUUAUGAUUGAUCUGUACCUAGGGGAAACUUCACCCCAGAGCCACUAUUUUUCAUUAAGACAAAAAUAGGGUUAGUGUUAUUGAUAUUUAUAUAUCAUAACUUAUUAACAUCUUUUAAGUAAAACAUAGUGGCGUAAUCUCUUUCAUAAGACAUACUUUAGACAAUGGUUGUUUAAUACUGGUUUUAUCUGAUUCUUUCUCUCGUUACAGAUUUAUAACCAAACAGUAGGAUUAUUUGCAACAUUUCCUCAUAAAUUCUCUCAUAAAAUAAUCAGUCAUUGAUUAAUGUCAUUAUUAUGUUUUUUCCUGAAAUCCACCUAGUUGCAAAGCACCUUUUAUUUUCUACAUAAACACUGGUCUUGUUGCUCUAGUGCUAUGGCUAUUUUGGGGUUCUUCCAUUUCGUGUUUUGAAGUUGUGUCCAGCCCUGGUCCUGGAGAGUGCACAUCAGAAUACAGUAAACAGUACAGGGGAAUAGCCAAAGAUCUACAUUGCAUUCGGAAAUUAUGCAGACCCCUUGACUUUUUUCACAUUU